UCCGUAGCGAGUUAAACGCGUACCGUGAACCCGAACAGACGGCAGACAGAUGAUAGGAGCGAUUGAAUGAUUUGUUGUUUUUUCUAUUUUUUCUGCUUAUUUGGUUCUCAGUAGCAAAGUCUGAAAGUUUUCGGCAUUGUGAGCAGAAAAGGAUCGUAGAAAAGCACGUACGCUGUCGUACGGGUGAAGUGCGCGAUUGGAAAGGGAAAUUGUUUUCCGACAGACAGCGGGACGGCAACAACGGAGAAAGAUGCUAACCGUGGGAAAUACCUAAGUGGAAACUAACGACCGUGAAAAGUUCUGUGAUUGAUUUACUAUCAAACAUUAAUUUGGAUUUAGCGUGUGAGGAUUUGCGUCACUUAAAGAUAACGUAUCAACCGAACUGUGUGGCAUUUGUGUAUCUUCAAGUGAGUUCCCUGUCUGCGCCCAGCAUCAUCUCUAGAAAAAAAAACUCACCGUUUGUUAUUGUCAUUAUCUCCGGGUCACUCACGCUCUCGAGAACAGCCGGAUAGAGAGAGCAAGCGAGUUUUUCCCCGUCGUCAGUCAGUCACAGUCGGGACUCAGAACGAACACCAAGCAACAACCGGAUAGCGCUGAUAACCGCUACGAAUCCUGUAACGCCCCCACCGUCGCUGUUGCCGUCGCCGCUGCCUUGGGCUGCAAGAUGCUGCAGACAAUCCACUAGAAGCAGCAACCGUAGUAAUUAAGGGAAAAAAAUUAUCUGUGCUUUCGAAGUUCCAGUUAUCAGUGGUUUGCAAACGGUGAUAAUCUCUUGCAUUCGAUACCAGUCGUGUGUGUAUGUAGCUCUGGACACCAGCGCAGCGGAAGUGUAGAGUGACAGAACGCAGCUAAGCAAAUAAGCAGAAAGGAAAUUGGCGUUUUCUCGAAGCAAGCAGCUGCUGUGCUUUUUAUUUUAUUCGAUUGGAAGGAGUAUUAUAAUAGUGAUUAAUCAACCCGCUAAGAUCCACAGCGAGGGUUUUGAAGUUAAAAGUUCGUGUGAAAACCCCCACUCAGUUUCCCAAGUCGCCGUGCACGAGUGAAUAGGCUUUUAAUUAGAUUUGAAUAAUGUGGGAAACAGGAGGAUAAGAAAAGAGAAGCAAAAAAUUCACCCCUCGUUUACGGUUUGCGUUACAUUUGCCAAUUAGAGAGGUUUCCUUUUUUCCCAUUUACUGCGCUUGUUUGCACGGACGGAACUUCCAGUGCACUGGAUCGUAUUGGGGCUAGUGUUGGCCACCACCCGAUCCGUCGUCUCCAAAGCACAACACAACAGACAGCAACAAAGCAAACGGGCUUCGCGUGUGUAACGGCGAACCAAUUGUCGAAUUGAGUGUGGUGUGGCAUCCAGUGUUUAGUGUUUCGAUAACAAGAUUACAUAAAACAUUCAUUGUACAAGGAAAGACAGAGCGCGCAAGAGAGAGAGAGAGAGACUGAUGGAUGGAACGACGUUAGUUGAUGGGCUGAAUGGGAAAAUGUUGUCGCAGCGCAGCGGGGCUUAGAAAAGUAUCCGAUGUGGAUGUUAACUUCGUAUCCCGUUCCGGCACGAGCACAGUAGCAGUAGCAUAGGCAGCAGCAACAGCAGCACGCAUCAGGAAACUCGCCGUAAAAGCGCAGCAGAUUGCAACCUAGACCUUCUUCAGCAAAGAGCAGCAUGCUAUCGACCGGAACCCAGUUGAGCCACCGUUGCCUGGAAUCUACUGUGGAAAAAGUGGUCUGAAUCCUAGAGAAUUACGCAAUCUAUAGCAGCAGCCUACACUCUAGGCAGAACCGCUUUUCUGUCAAGCUCAGCUUGCGUUUGCACUGCAGGCGAUGUUUUCAGCAGUAGAAGCACUAGCAGCAGAAUUGGAAUUUUCUUUCUGAACUCGUCAGUAAAGACUGCGACAAAGACUGGGACACCAUGUUGAUAAAGGAAUAUCGAAUACCGCUGCCGCUGACAGUGGAGGAAUACCGGAUAGCCCAGCUGUAUAUGAUAGCAAAAAAAUCCCGCGAAGAAAGCAAAGGCGCCGGCAGCGGGGUGGAGAUAAUUGUCAACGAACCGUACGAGGACGGACCGGGCGGCAAUGGGCAAUACACGCGCAAGAUCUACCACGUGGGAAGUCAUCUGCCCGGAUGGAUCAAGGGACUGCUGCCGAAAAGUGCCCUCACGGUCGAGGAGGAAGCCUGGAAUGCAUAUCCGUACACGAAAACUCGCUACACCUGUCCGUUCGUGGAGAAAUUUUCGCUGGAAAUCGAAACGUACUAUUUCGCCGAUAAUGGACACCAGGAGAAUGUGUUCAAACUGAAUGGGGGUGAUCUGCGCAAUCGGAUAGUAGACAUUAUUGAUAUCGUGAAGGAUCAACUCUCGGGGGCGGAUUACACUCGGGAGGAAGAUCCGACACUGUAUUGCUCGGAGAAAACAGGUCGGGGUCCGCUGGACGACAACUGGUUGGCCGAUCACUGGAAUGAAGUACGGGGAAAAAGUCAACCGACCGCUAGGAACAUGUCGCUGAUGUGCGCUUACAAACUGUGUCGGGUUGAGUUCCGAUACUGGGGGAUGCAAACCAAACUGGAGAAGUUUAUUCACGAUGUGGCCCUGCGGAAAACUAUGGUCCGUGCUCAUCGACAGGCUUGGGCUUGGCAAGAUGAGUGGCAUGGUCUUACCAUGGACGAUAUUCGAGAAAUCGAACGCCAGACGCAGCUGGCACUGCAGAAGAAAAUGGGUAACGAAGAUGAUGAUGAUGAUGAAGAUCGCAGCAUAUCGGACAACAACAGCCGCCAGUCGAAUCAGUUCAACUCGAUCGAGAAAACCGACGAAAACUCCACCCCUCAGGUCAUGAAGAAACCCACGAUAGCGCCUCCGUCGCCACCGCAGCACCGUCAACCACAGACAAUCCUUCAACCACCGCCCAAAGGUAGGAGACAACCGCGGCAGCAAAAACCUCUGGCCAAUAGCUCCGACGACGACGAAGAAGAGGAAGAGGAAGCAGAGGAAGAGGGCGAAGAGGAGGAAAACGAUGGUAGCAAUCGGAAGGGACGUUUUCUGCAGCACCAGCAAUUGGCGGCUAAUAAUCAUCUAUCGAGUGGUGGCGCCAAAUUGCAGCACUUUGCCGGUUCAAAGGGACAGUUGCACUCUCCGUUGGGGUCAACGCAUAGUUUUGAUCUGCAGACCGUCAAUCACAAUCCAAUACCGAAGAAUGUCGCCAACUGGCGCAUGGAAAAACUGGAAGUGGACUCCAAAUCCGGCUCCGAGGAGGAAUUUUUCGAUUGCUUAGGUGAUCUCGGAGAGCAGACAUCGCUAGCCAAGUGGAGUUCGCUGGAACUGUUGGCCGAGGAGGAGGAUAGUCCAGCGGUGGGAAGCGGACGUAAUGAAGACGACUCGAUCUUCAGCCACAGCUACCUGCAGCGUGUGGCUUCCGAGCGGGGUAGCCGCCGACCAACGCUCGGAGCAACCUCCAGUAUCGAUCGUAGUGACUCUCCACCCGGAUCUCCCGGACUCCCGUCGUGUCCAACAACGGUUCUGGUACUGAUUAUGCAUGCGGGUAGCGUUCUUGACGCUAACUCCGAUAUGACGGCGAAAAAAUCCGAUGUCACCACCUUCCGGGGGGCGUUCGAAUCGGUCAUGAGACAACACUAUCCAUCACUGGUGGGUCACGUGGCGAUCCGGCUGGUUCCGUGUCCGUCCGUGUGCAGUGAUGCCCUCGGUAUUCUGUCCAGCUUGAGUCCGUAUUCGUUCGAUGCAUCGCCGGCGUCCACCGCAGACAUUCCCAAUCUGACGGAUAUUCCUAUUGGAGCGAUUCCUUUGCUAACGACUUGCUCGCCCGAAUUUCAGGACGCAGUGAAUCGAUCGAUCGCCAGUGCCAACAUGGUAUACGCAGAGUUUUUAAGGAGUGACGAGGGGAAAGGAUUCAGUGGUCAGGUUGCACUAAUCGGCGAUUCUAUGGGAAGUGUACUGGCCCAUGAUGCCCUCUGUAGAGUGAACGUAAGACAUGGAAGCGAAGCUUCCGGAUUGGAUCAUAUCGUAGACUUGGUAGAGGUAAAUGAUUUGGAUGUCAACAAACUGUUGACGGCGCCUUCGCCCCGGCGACGAUCGUCGUCCACAAGUGACACCCGUUUUCCACGACUGGAAUUCGAAGUCGGAGACUUUUUCAUGUUUGGCAGUCCGCUGUCGAUUAUUCUGGCGGCACGAAGACUAAGCGACAGCCGGUACGGUGCGCACAAACCUUCCUGCACCCAAAUCUACAACCUGUUCCACCCGACGGAUCCUACGGCUUCCAGGUUGGAGCCCUUGCUAAGCGCCCGCUUCUCGAUCCUCCUACCGGUGAAUGUGCCACGCUAUGCCAAAUAUCCCCUCGGAAAUGGUCAACCAUAUCAUCUACUCGAACUGAUCCAAUCAAGCCCACAGAUAUUCAGCAACGGUCCACCAGCAAGACGGCUAUCGGACGCUUCGAUCCAGAGUGCCGCCUCCGGAAUGAUCGAUAACGUUCCCCUAACAACCAUCAACCAACUACAGCAACGCUGGUGGGGUUCUAAGCGACUAGACUAUGCUCUCUACUGUCCGGAUGGACUCAGCAAUUUCCCAGCGCAUGCCCUGCCCCAUCUGUUCCAUGCCAGCUACUGGGAAUCGAGUGACGUGAUCGCAUUUAUUCUGCGUCAAAUCGGUCGCUUCGAUAACCUAACCCUGGUGGGACCGGACGACAAAGAUGUGUCUUCCUUCCGGCCAGCUCAGCCACGGGAAAAGUGGAACAAGAAGCGUACCUCGGUAAAGCUGAAAAACGUCACCGCAAAUCACCGAGCGAAUGAUGUGAUAGUGAAGGAUGGUGAACCUCAGAAGCUGGUCGCACGGUUCAUGUACGGUCCGCUGGACAUGAUCACACUGGCCGGCGAAAAGGUGGACAUCCACGUAAUGAAAGAUCCCCCGGGGGGAGAGUGGAAUUUGCUGGCGACGGAAACCACCGACAAAACUGGGCGAAUCUCCUAUACACUGCCGGAGGAGCGAACUCUCGGCUACGGAAUCUAUCCGGUGAAAAUGGUUGUGCGAGGUGAUCACACUUCGGUCGAUUUCUACAUGGCCGUCGUUCCACCGCGAACCGAGUGUGUUGUGUUCAGCAUAGACGGUUCAUUUACGGCGUCCGUUUCGGUGACCGGGAAGGAUCCGAAAGUGCGUGCCGGUGCCGUUGACGUGUGUCGCCACUGGCAGGAGUUAGGCUAUCUGCUGAUCUACAUAACUGGUCGGCCGGACAUGCAGCAGCAGCGUGUGCUUUCCUGGCUUAGUCAGCAUAAUUUCCCGCACGGUUUGGUGUCCUUCGCCGAUGGGUUGUCUACCGAUCCGCUCGGACACAAAGCAGCCUAUUUGAACACGCUGAUCCAGGGCCACGGAGUAAUCGUCCAUUUGGCCUAUGGCAGCAGUAAAGAUAUCAGCGUGUACACUAGCAUUGGACUGAAGCCGAAGCAAAUUUUUAUCGUUGGAAAAGUAAGCAAAAAACUACAACCGCUGGCAACGCCGCUCACCGAGGGUUACGCUUCCCAUCUAAGUUCCUUGAUCGCUCCGGGAGGAUCCCGUCCGGCGCAGGGCAACGCCCGGAUGGUAAUCCCACGCGGGUGCUUCAACCUCCCCGGUCAGCAUCAGUCCAUCCGCAGGCGAAGGUUUGUUCCGAGUUAACUCUAAUGACUACCGCUUGCCCGCUCGUCUUUAUGGUUUCGACGUUUCUGAUGUCAACAUAAUGGCAACCAACCACCAACCUAGAAAAGAAUGCUCGUAUGUCCUCGCUUUGUCGUCCACCAUUGUGUGAAUGUUCAUUACGUACAGUAGGAGCAACACGCACCCAUUAGAACAAAUCAAUCAAACCAAACCGUAGUAAAUCCGAUUAACUCACAAUUCCAUACCACCGGUAAAUGCAACGAAGCGGGACUGUCCUCACCGGCGCGCAGUGGAUUUCUCAAGCGAAAAACAUAUCUACACUAAGAAGAAGGAAGCUAGAGGAAGGGGCAAGAUACUACACGCUAAUCUCAUAAUACUAUCCGGCUAUCAUGGUCUGGCGAAUAAAGGACGAUCGGUGCCAUCAUUGUUUUUUUUUUGGAGAGGAUAUGCACGCGUACUCAAAGCAGCUACAUCGGUGGGAAGGAAAGCGAUUGGAUUCUGUCACUUGGUACCUGGCUCAAAGAAGACUGUCUGUUACGAAUAACGUAAGAACCUGAAGCAAGUUCAGAGAGGUGAAGAGAAGUAACGUUCAAUGCAAACACUAAAAAAACAAACAAACAAAAAAAGGAAAUCCAAAGCAAGCAUAAGUAAGGAAACAAAAAUAAUCUCGUUAAAACUUGCAUGCAAGCAUUAGAUGCAAACAAUUUGUUGAAUCAUUACGUACGUGUACGUGUGUGUCCGUUUGUAUGUGUACUAGAUGUACCCAAGAUAUAUCCUAAAUAUUAGAAAAGGAAAAGCGAAUAGAAAGCAGGGAUUGAGAGAGAGAGAGAGAAACGGCGGAGCGUAGUGAAUGUAAAUUAAUGGAUCUACUUGGUUCGAGAAAAAAUUUACAUCCCUAACCGAGGAGGGAGGGUUUUGAUACCAUGCUAAAUAUUCAAUUAGAUGUGGCUACCUGUUAGUAUGACCUUUUGUAGAAACAAAGAAAGAAAAGUAGUAAACCACUAUUCACGCAAAGUAAAUGUUAGUUUUCGAUGGUAGAAACAUAAAUGAGAGAAAAAGAAGAGGGAAAAAAGCAAAUCAAUAAAUACCGUGUUAGUAGCCAUACAAAAAAUUCUAAAUAUUUGUUAUUGUUUAGGGUAAGAAACAAAUGGAAGGCUACCGACACUGACACACUUAACACGAAUUUGGAUACAGUGACAUGCGUUCGUUUAGACGCACCAUGUUUUUCAUAGAUUUUUCUUUCGAAACUAUUUGGAUUUUGAAUGUCAUCACUUAUUUUUAUUUGUUAUCAUGAACUACAACAAACAGCAUCAUUUCUUUAGAAAAAGUGCACUUGAUAGAAUUAAAAAAGCGAAGAAUUUAAAAUAAGCUGAUGCAUUCGUUUAGACGCACCGUAAGUAAACGUAGUAAAAGUUUAAAUUUUCUGAGUCAUUCAAUUGGCUAAUAGUUUGUAGCUCCUCCCUUAUCCCUAAUAACUUCAAAUACUAUUCUGGGCAUUGAAUUGACAAGGUUAUGGAGAGUAUUUACAGAGAUUUAUUCCAGCAUGUGCGUGAGCAUGAUUUAAGGUCGUUUACUGUGUUGAACUGGCAUCCAUUGGCGUAAACUCUUGCAACCAAUAUACCCCAGAGGUUCUCGAUCGGGUUGCAAUCCGAACCACAUGUUGACCAAUCAAGUACGGUCAUGUCUUUUUCACUGUAAGAGUCAGGGCCAUCUUUUUUCUGAUGAGAAAUGGCCUAUUACAGCCAAUACUGGCACAACUUGGUGGAUUUUAAUGUCACUCGAUCCAAGCGAAAUUUUGGGGGAGAAACGGUCAUGGCAUGGGGAGGAUUUUCCUAUGACGAAGAGAUUACUAUCUGCUGGAUCACCACCAAAAUGCAUUCUAGCAACUACUGCGAGCUUCUGGAAGACGUUUUGGUUCCAUACUAGGAGAUCAUAUGGAAAAACCUUUUGUAUUUCAGCAAGUCAACGCUUCUAUUCAUGUUUCCCGACAAACCAAGGCCUGGUUUUCUGAAAAAGACAUGACCGUACUUGAUUGGUCAACAUUUAAUUCGGAUUGCAACCCGAUCGAGAACCUCUGGGGUAUAUUGGCUGCAAGAGUUUACGCCAAUGGAUGCCAGUUCAACACAGUAAACGACCUUAAAUCAUGCUCACGCACAUGCUGGAAUAAAUCUCUGUAAAUACUCUACAUAACCUUGUCAAUUCAAUGCCCAGAAUAGUAUUUGAAGUUAUUAGGAAUAAGGGAGGAGCUACAAACUAUUAGCCAAUUGAAUGACUCAGAAAAUUUAAGCUUUUACUACGUUUACUUACGGUGCGUCUAAACGAAUGCAUCAGCUUAUUUUUAGUUUUUCGCUUUUUUAAUUCUAUCGAGUGCAAUUUUUCUAAAGAAAUGAUGCUGUUUGUUUUAGUUCAUGAUAACAAAUAAAAAAAAGUGAUGACAUUCAAAAUCCAAAUAGUUUCGAAAGAAAAAUCUAUGAAAAACAUGGUGCGUCUAAACGAACGCAUGUCACUGUAGUAACAAGAUGCAGUCUCAUUUAGUUUGUAGUAGUUUUUUUUUCUGUUUCGGUGUUUGAUCAAAUCUUAGUCCAUAAUUUUGGGUGAUAUUUAUUCUGAUACUCACGAGAUUAUCAUGGAACAAAUCGAAUUUAUUGUAACGCUGAUUGAAGUUUUU